AGGAAUAAUUUACCUGUGCUGCUGUAUGAUUUGACUGGUUUGUAUAUGUGUGCUGCCGAACCCAUUUCACCUUCUUCAAGUUCAGGUUGCCGGCGUACUUGUUCAACAUCGUCCAAUGGACCACGGUCUACGUUACGAUGAUCAAAGGGAAGAGAAAUUGGAAUUCAACAAGCACUUGUCAGCAACUAAAUCCUGGUAUGCCCGAAUAUCUUGUGCAAACAAAAAGCGAUUUAUCCUAGCCUUAUUGAAAGAUGUGCGCAGUGCUUGGACGCUAGCACUAAUUUUGAAAUCAAUAUGGAACUGUCGGCCAAAAGAUGCUGUGAUGUCCGUAUCUGAACCCAAAGUAUGGAGUAGCUACGAUCAAGUCCCCAUGGAUCACAAUAGAACUGCUCUACCAUUGUCAACUCUUAUAGAAGUAAUGAUGAGUGAUCGAAAGUGGUUCCAGUCUCUUGUACCUGAACGUCAAGCAGUAGUACUUUCGCAGCUGCUAUCAAUGUCAGGUGGUCCAGUCAUGUGGGAGACUCUGAAGCGAGCACAGAAAAUAUACGACAGUCACGUAGAGAUACAGCUGAACGAUUUACUGAGAUGCGAAGUGGUCCAAGAAGAGGUGCCACGGAAGAAAUCCGCUUCAAUUGUUGAAACGACAUCGAUUAAGAAAGAAACUACUAAUACAGCAAAAAAGAAAACCACCGAGGCUGAGUUGUUAAAAGCUAAUACUGAGUCACCAGCUCUUCAAGCACAAAUAGAGUUGGAAACUAAUUUAGCACUAUGGGCAUCAACAGUUAAAACACUGAAAGACCAAAUGAAAUUGGAAGAAUUGGAGAUGACCUAUAAGAGUGGAAGCACAAAGGUUUGGAAAGUGCAUCGGCAAAAACCUGAAGUCGUGGAAACUGUUGAUUUAAUUCAGUUACUUCCUUCGGCUAUAAGCAAGCGUAUUUUAAUCUAUUUGAACACUAGCCAGUUAAUGGACUGUGCCCGUGUUAAUAAGUACUGGGCACAUUUAGUUGAGGAACUUCGCGCAGAAAUACAAACAAGACUAAAAAUCGACAUCGAAUUGGAAAAACUACGAGAAAAUAUCAUUAAGAAUAACAAAGGCUUAGAACAAUUGAAGAAGUUCAACCAAGAAGAAUUGGGAUCAAUUAUGACUUUAGGCGUCAGCUCAACAGGUGUUAGACAUACAAAGGAGCGUUCCAGUCCUGUUGUUAGCAACAAAUCUUGCUCUUUGUCGCUUACCACUGCGAUGAAUAAACAACGGAAAAUACCUCGCGUUCGCACUAAACCUAUUCAAAAUAUGAAUGAUUUGAACGAACGUUUAGAAAGACGUGGUGCCGCUGACGAAAACGUAUGGAAAUGGUGUAGAAACGUUCUGAAAAUAAGCAAAAAUUGUAACCAAAUACAAAUACCGGUUAAAAAAGGAGGAAUACUUGCGAUGACAACAGACACGUUCCCAGGUCCAACGGUGUCUAAAACAGUAAAAAUACCGCUCAAGAAAGCACUUAUAAUGGACCCUACACAGAAGUUUCCUACUAAACCCAGAGAGAUUGUCACAACUUCAAAUACACGUACUUCUAUGAACGAUAGAUUUGCUAAGCAAGCAGAAAAUAAACACUACUGUACUCUUUGCUCGAAAGAAUUAACAAGGCUCUACCCAGUUUGUAAGUGUUUAUGUAACAUGGAGAAUUAACCUACCAAAUUGAAUAUUGUUAAAUUUUAAAUAAAAUAU